AUUUCCUUUGACUUAGCUGAGUACACUGCAGAUGUUGACGGGGUUGGCACUCUGCGGCUUCUGGAUGCAGUUAAGACCUGCGGCCUUAUCAACUCUGUGAAGUUCUAUCAGGCCUCAACAAGUGAACUUUAUGGAAAAGUGCAGGAAAUACCCCAGAAGGAGACCACCCCGUUCUAUCCUCGGUCACCCUACGGGGCAGCAAAACUCUAUGCCUAUUGGAUUGUGGUGAACUUCCGAGAAGCAUAUAAUCUCUUUGCAGUGAAUGGCAUUCUUUUCAAUCAUGAGAGUCCCAGAAGAGGAGCUAAUUUUGUCACUCGAAAAAUUAGCCGGUCAGUAGCUAAGAUUUACCUAGGACAACUGGAAUGUUUCAGUUUGGGAAAUCUGGAUGCCAAACGAGACUGGGGCCAUGCCAAGGACUAUGUAGAGGCUAUGUGGCUGAUGUUACAGAAUGAUGAGCCAGAGGACUUUGUCAUAGCUACUGGGGAAGUCCACAGUGUCCGCGAAUUUGUCGAGAAAUCAUUUAUGCACAUUGGAAAAACCAUUGUGUGGGAAGGCAAGAAUGAAAAUGAAGUGGGCAGAUGUAAAGAGACCGGCAAAGUUCACGUGACUGUGGAUCUCAAAUACUACCGACCAACUGAAGUGGACUUUCUGCAAGGAGACUGCACCAAAGCGAGACAGAAGCUGAACUGGAAGCCCCGGGUCGCUUUUGACGAGCUGGUGAGGGAGAUGGUGCACGCCGACGUGGAGCUCAUGAGGACCAACCCCAAUGCCUGAGCACGGCCGCGGCCUGUUGUCCCACGGGCAGCCCUCGGCGCAGAUGCGCACUGCGGGGAUCUAGGGAAGGAGAGAAAUCCGGCAGCGUACCCGCAGUCCUUUCCUCUGCUGCACUGUCCCCUCAGCGGUGUCGGCCGCCGAGGUUUGUAGCAGCUGGGACGUGGCACUCCGGAUUCCGAGCUGCUUUGCUUUUGUCGAAGCCUCCGCUGAAUGAUUUUGUGAAAUCAAGAUGUUUUAAUCACUUAAUCAUUUUACUUGAAAUUGUGUCAGUAGACAACUUAA